CAUAUCCAAAACUUUAAGUCCAUAUGAAAGAGCUUAAAAGACGAAAUCAAAAGCCUUAUUAUAGAAAAAGCUUGAAAUUUUGGAAUAUUUUAAGCUCUUCUAAGGCUUAGGUCUUUCAAAAAGUCCCAAUUCAUCUCAAAUCACAAGCUAGGGAUUGAAGCCUUAGACCAAAAAAAGAAUUCAAUUCCUUUGCAUAUGAAUUAAAGCCCUUUCGCAAAAUUCAAAACUUCAAGUCCAUAUAGUAAAGGGCUUAAAAGACGAAAUCCCGAACCUAGGAAUUUCAAGUUCGUUUAGAGCUUUCAAAGCCUUGGGCCUUAGUUAUUGUAAAAAUGAUGGAUGCGCAUUAUUAACAGAUCAGCCCUCGUAUUUCUUAAGUUGUCGCGAUUUGGUAACUUUUCUCUUUACGGUUGGCAAUUGAAGUUUAGGAAAAAUCCUGUCAUUUGUCAAGUUCACCCUAGGUGUACGGUGUUACGUCAAUGAAUGUGUUUACAAUAAUACAACCAUUUUACGCAAUUACACCAUUACCAUGCAAUUCGUGUCGUUAUAAUGUGUGAAUAAAGUAAAGAAAAUUAAUACCAAAUCAAGAAAAAUGAAUUGUACCCUUAACGGUUAUUGUGCGCCGCCCAACCCUGUUAAUAUCACCAAAGCAAUAUGUUGAUUUAAACAAAUCGCCACCCCUUGAAGUUAUUUAUAAAUUGGAGCACGCGUUCCCGUAAUGUUAAAAUGAAUCCGGACGACGACGACGCCGUUAUAAAUCAACUGAAGCACCCGAGGCUGGUUUGUGACGUCCUGCCUAGAGUCGGCUUAAACUUUUUAAGAGCCCUGGAAAGUAACAAGAUUAACGAUAAGAAGCACUCACGCGUAGACCUCGAAGCUUUCGCAGAAGAUGAGCUCGUUAGGAAGGAGUACCGAGAACUGUACUGCGAGAUGCCGGGCACUCCUAGAUCGACAUUCCUUAUGGUGUUCAGUCCCGAUGGCAGUAAGGUAGCAUCUACUCAUGGCAAUCAUAACAUCUACGUCACGGAUCUCAGAAGCGGUAAGAACAUCAGAACGCUAGUCGGUCAUCCACGGACACCUUGGUGCAUCGCCUUUCACCCUACCUGCAAUGAGUUGCUCGCUUCUGGGUGUUUGGGCGGUCAGGUGCGAGUCUGGGACCUGAGUGGCGGCAGCGAGGUAUGGACGGCUAACAGUCAAACCGUGAUAGCCUCAAUAGCAUUUCACCCGAGUGAUCGAAUUUUAGUUAUCGCCACCUAUAACGAAUUGUACUUCUGGGAUUGGAGCAAACGCGAACCGUUUACUCACACGGCCACGUGCAAUACGAAGGAGAAAGUUCGUUACGUCGCAUUCGAUCGGUUAGGUCUUAAGCUCAUUACGGGAAUUGCAAAUACUCCGCAGUACAGAUGGGACAGAUCGCGUGUGGUCACCUCGCAAGCUCGAUCGGAACGUACGCGUCCCUGCGUGCCGCCUCCGGACCGGUCGGUUAACCAAUCGCGGCGGAGAUCUGUGCCACGUUCUCUGGGAAGCUACGUGGCGAGUACCACUACUCAGAUCACUGCCUCGACUUCGACCGAUCGAGUUCCACUGUCGACCGUGCCGGAGCGCGAGAGGCGAAUUAUGGCGUGCUAUCGUAAUUUAGUGAGGGAAUACGAAUUAUUGGUACAUCGUUAUCUACAAGUUUAUCGACCAGCCAUGACGAUUGAUAGGGGAACUGAUCCCAUGGAAAUGGAACAAAGCAAUCUUCCUAGUACAUCACAUUCAAACGUGCAAACUUCGACACAAUCCCAACAAGAAUCCUCACCCAGCGAUGCCUUACCAUCUCGAUGCCGUCUAGUCUUAAGAAGCACUUUAGGCGUACAAACCAGCACUAAUUCGGUAACAGACACGAGUAGUUCUCCCAAACCGGAAAGUUCCUUUCAAAUGAAAAUCAAGUGCUCCCCAAAGCACACUGCCUCUGAAAAGGGCGCAGACUGUCGCACCAAAACUGACACCACAACGGAAACAGAACCAAGCACAAGUGCCCAAUCAGAGACCGCGAUUCCGUCAACCUCGUCACAAGCCCCACCGAAACCCAUGGAACAAUCGCGAAUUCCAUUGAAACGUUUGUAUCCCGGUUUUAUAAAGAAGACUUCGAAACAAAACAGGCGACCGAUUCUUGACACGUCAUCCGAUAGCAGCUCAGAUGACAAUGUUGAGCUUGUAAAAAAGCGAUUGUUUCCUACUCGCUCGAAUAGUACACCGGCAAGUACAGCAUCCGAAAGUCUACCUUCUCCCAGUGGGGAUACCCAACCAAUGACGAGCACAAGUUCCAACACUCCGAGCUCUACCCGUACAGAAUCGAGCAACGAUAGACCGUUUUGUUUAAGUAACUUUGUAGCAAACAAUGGCAACACGUCACAGACCUCCCGGGAGCAUGUGUGCAACCGAUGUGGGGGAAAUAUCGAACGUCAAACGCAAGUCGAUACGCCUCCCCCGCCUUUGGAUAACCCACGCAACGAUCAGGAGGAGGCGCGCACCGACCCACCGCCCACUCAUUCGCAACCUUGCGCCCGAUCCCUAAUGAACACUGACACUCGCACGACAAACUCGACCGUUUACACGCCAUCUAGCGGACCGCGCCGCCGAUUUUUCUCGCACGUUCUCUCCGCAUUUCUACCGCCACGCAGCAGCAGCUCGCAACCCACGUUACGCCAACGUCAAAAUCGUCUGCUCUCGCUCAGCACGCGAAAUCACCUCGACUCGAUCACGCGGAACAGCGGACGGAACAGCAACUUCGCACCGGACGAGGUCAUCAACUACGCCGAGCGUGUCAAUUCGGAGGGCGAAAUUUCGGAGCAGUCGCCGAACGUGAACGACUUUCACCCGUUCGAUCCGCCGCCCGAGUUCCCGUCCAUCAAUCCCGAGAACAUCGGCAUCGGCAACAUGUACUCGAACAUCGUGCAGGAUCUCGAGUCGAGCCUGAAUAACGUUCGCAAUAUACGCGCGAGCAAUCGGCCCGGCGAGACCUCGGACAUGCUCAGUACGUUCUCGGAGCGGCUCGAGAGUAUUAUGCACCAGUCGGAUUCCAUCUUGAGGAAUUUACGGAACACCAUGGAUCUGUUGCCGCAGAGCACGGAGGCGACGGAGAUGAGGGCGCAGGGCGCGCCCGGUGGAGGAGGCGACGCCGAGCAUCCCCGUUUUUUGUUCAACGAUCCCAACUUUUAUGUUCGCGAUCAGAAUCAAAGUACAUUGGCGGAUAGAACUAGUAGAUUGGAGACUGGUGAUUCUUUAAACGGCGCCCCUCACCACGAAGAACUGUUCACAAAUCGAAGUGCAAUAGCUUCCGACCAUACCUACCCUCGCAAUCCGGAAAGCCCCAGAACACUGCCAUCUUCGUCAGAUAACCUUACACCCCUAAUGACUUCGCUUCAUCUCACUAUAUCUCACAUUCAGCGACAAGCUCGUCUUUUACGGGUGCAAGUCGAAAGUAUAGAGCGUAUCGAUCGUGCCAUGCUGGAAGUCGCGCAAAUACAAACGAUUAGGCAGAUGUACACGGAAGUGAGACGUCAUAUAAAUAAUCUCAGCGGGAAUGACGGGCGAAGUACCGGCGUUUCGAGCGUUAGACAAAUGAUGGCCGGUACUCGCAUUAGCGAUUCGAGCCCGGGGAACUCCUCGGUCGAGGACGACAAUACGGUCUCGCCAAGCGUGGACGCUAAUCGACCCACAACAACUGAAGAACCGAGUACUUCGGCAGAGGGUGCGACUCCGCCGCUACCGCGUCAACGUAUCACCGCAAGAAAAUCGUUUCCCCCGUCGCGCCUUCUCCACAUUCAGCGACAAAACCGUAGAUUCGCAGUAGUCAAUUUUCUACCACGUCGUUAUUCUCCGCGCGAACGUACAAUGAGGCGGCGCGUGUAUCUGCGCGCCUUCUCAGCCAGAUCCAACGCGUCGAGGUUAGGAUCGGAAAUGUACGACGGCGGAUUCCAAGAGGAAUCGCGCGUCAACUGCGAAUAUUUCGCGUUUAUUAUUAGAAAAUUGGAAUUUUUACUAACCGAAUACAUUCGAAGUCUCGGUCGACCUUCGGAUAGUCAGCCGGUUAUACCCGGUAUCGAAGCGCGAGAGAACGAUACCGUGAGACUGCUCAGUGUAUGUCGUACUAGAUUAAAUCGACUCUCUGGACAACCUUGCGGGUGUCAUACCGAGUCUGGUACGGUCGAAGGCAGUAGCGUAACCGUAGACGGUGCCUCACGAAGCUUAGCUAGAAUUACAUUAACCUCCCAUUUGACCACCAUGUUGCAGUUCAUCGAAGAGAAUAGUAACAAUCAUAUUUCGCAAAAUAUUCGUUCACAAAUUAAGAACGCGAUCGAUUUAACGUUUUUAUUGUGCGAUAUUCUUUUACUUCACAUUGUCGACUCCAUCCCGCCACCGACCGGUAUGAAUUUGGAUCCGGAACGUGAAAGUCUGUCUGCAAGGAUCGAUCAAAUGUGUAGCCGCAUGUUGCAAGGGCGACUUAGCGGAGAAUCUCACAGUUUAACGCGCAGUCUACGUUUAAUGAGGAUAACCGCGCGGUUUGCCUCGCGCGCCCUCGGUCAGACCUACAAUGCGAGACGAAAUGCGAUCUUCUCGACGGGAAACAACAGUCGACGCGAGUUAAUUGGGCAGAUCAGCAAUACUCUACAUAACAUUAAUAGAAGCCGAAGAAUUUCGCAUUCUCCGAAUCAACUCAGACCGAACGUCGAAGUGACACCUUCCGAUAUGCCAAUGCGCGAAUGGUACCAGACAAUUAACGCCCUGGUCUCACGCUACAACACAAGCCAAACAACCACGAACACUAACAGUACGGCCGGCUCCACUCAGUACAACGCCGACCUCUUGGAUAGGCCUCGAAGUGCCGUUUUCCUGUACGAGGAUGGCUCGGUGAGCGACGACGACAACGAUCGCGACUGGUACAACAACAAUUUGCCGAGCAACGAACGCAGGCAGACACUGUACCGGACCAGUAACGUAAAUCUGUUAAAUAACGACUCGUCCGCACAAAAUCGACUGACCAUCCCCACCGUGCAAAUUAACGACGUGCCAAUUUCCGAGUCGAACUCCGCGUGGCACUCGCGAAUAUCGCACACGCGGUAUCGACUCUCGGAGUUGCGUUCGAAUCCUACGGGCGGCCUGUUUCGCCCCAGGUUUCUGCAUCCGCUUUAUUCCGGCGUGAACCCGUUCGACACGGACAUCGACGAUCCGCAACGCGAACAGUCGUACGAAGGCGAUAUGGUCCUAACGGUUACACCCAACCAUCGAAUACAGGCGUGGGACAUUUCGUCUGGUAAAAUUCCCGAUAUCACUAACGCUAUGCGGAAUAUCGUCGUCGGUGAAUGUAAAAUUCACAAUGAUGCCAGUGUAGACAUUUCGGCGGAUGGAACGAUAUUAGUUACACUUUUACCGUCGGGUGGAUAUUUAAAUGUAACAAACAGAUUAGGUGUAUACAGUCUUCACUGGGAAACACUGGGUCAGUGCUUGUUUGUAACAAGCUUUGAACAGAACGCCGUCUCCGUUUCGCUUUCGCCUUUAAGCCGCCACUUAGUGGUCGGACUCGCCUCUCGCCGUGUCUCAAUAGUGCCGAACGAGAAGUGGACGAUGGCCCGAAUCUUCUUCUUAAACCACAAGGACGCGCCGUACAGUAGCCGGCUGUCUCUGCUUCGCGAAUUGCAACAAAAUCGCGACACGACGUACAUGAGCCUGAACUGUAUUCGAUGGCUACCGUUCUCCGGUCAGGGUCUGAUUUACGCGACCAACACUGGACAGUUGAGAAUUUUAUCUUAAUACGUUAAUUGUACAUAUCUAGUGAUAUAUUAAGUUCCAGACUGAUUGGAUUACUUUUUUCUGCUAUUUCGUUAUUUAACUUUUGUUUUUUUUUAUUAUGUAUUAAAAUUUAAAACCUAACUGUGAUUGUUUCUUGAAUUUGUAUACAAGAUUUACAUUUAUAGUUUUAAGGUUGCUUUAUGAAAACAGGGAAUUAAUAUAGAUUUACAUUUCAGUAUGUUGUACUUUGCUACGUUUAUUUAUAAACUCAUUGGCUUCACUUAUGAUGGUGAUCUAUUAUUGUUAUUGUGACUAUCCACUCCUUAUAAGCGAAAGUGGUUAACAAGUGAAUAAAAACAAAGAGCAAUGUUUAA